CCCUGGGUAGGGCCUCUCCUUAGUUUCCUUCCUCCGUGUGCUCCGCACUUCAAAGCAUGCGCCGGCCCCUUUGGCCAACCCAGCUCGAGGCAUAUUGCUAACGUUGGCCAUAAUAUUGCGCUAAAACAAGUUUUGCUGAAGUCUGCGCUCUGUGCAUAUUCGUUUUCACUUUAGAGAGUUCUGCACACAGGUGCAACCGCUGCUGCCAUCGUUGUCUGCGAGUGUUCCUUGUUCAGUAUUGAAAAAAAUAUGGGUGAUGGAAAUGAUGAGAUGCAGUUCAGAAAACUGCUAGGCAAGCUGCAAGCAUUGUGGACCACUGAAAAGUUCUGCAAAAAACAAGAUGACAUAUGGCAUCUGCUCAAGCGGGAUGUUCCUCGAAGGUCUAGGUUUGGCUGCCAUACUGUCUAUGACUUGCUAGCCAUUCUCACUGACCGAGAGGUGGUCACACCACAAGAAACAGUGCUCUUGGAACGGCUUGCUGCUGUAUUCUCAAUUCAGGAGGCUUCGGAGCACAUACAAGCAUAUAAAAAAAUACCACUGGACAGAGACACCUGCAGCCUGUGUUCUGCACCUAGUCAUGUACCCUUUCUGUACCGUCCAACUCCUCAGGAAAACACCGGCCAAAAAGAAUUGGUCUGUGCCAUCCUGUAUCUCUGUGAACAAAAGUGUCCAUGGAAGACAGUUGUUCGGGCAUUUCCGAAAACGAUAAAUGUCAAGGAAGGUGAGCUUGAGCGGCUGGAAUCCAUGAAAUGUGCCUCUAAGCCACAGUUGAAACGUUGCCUGACCUGUUCCGGAUUUGAAGUUUUGGAGUCAUGGAGGAAGAAACAUCCAAAACACGCCACAGUGCAACUCUUGGUGAAGUACCUGGCCAGUGAACGGGUCAGUUCUAGUUAUGCUGAAGACAUUGAAAAUGGCUUUCAUAUGAGCAUGACUGUGAGCUCAAAGUGCCUGCUGCUUAAGUCAGGGUGUGAGAGGCAGGCACAGCAUGGUAAAGCUGUCUUAGUACAUAUUGUGUGUGCACAGAUUCUGAAUCGGGACGCUUGCGAAAGCUCUUGAAGGUUGUCACAUAUGAUUAUGUACAGUCAACCGCAAAAGUUUACAGGACGCAGAAUCUGCCAAGAAGCUGAAUUUCGCGAAGCGUGGUCACACAGCCUCGUAUUAAAUGUUCCAGCAUGUAGUAGCCUUCGCCUCCUACACAGUGAUUCAUUAAAUAUGAAGUGCCAUGCCUUAACAGUGCAGGAAUUCACAUUUGAAGGGGAAACCGCAUCCCGUAAACUUUUGCUGUUGACUGCACAUAUAUAUUGAAGGUCCCAUUUUGAAAUUGGAUGCAGUAGCAGCGGCAUAGGGUGAUGUGUAUUUAUUCGCUGUGUUCUGUUUUGAGGCAUUGAUUCAACUGUCAUGCUAUACUUAUAGACUGACUGAAGGAUGCACAGUGUUGUAGUCCCCGAUGCCCUUGUUGUCUGCAGAAGUGUUGUGCAUGCUGUUUGCUGAGGUUUGUGGGGUUCUCACAUUCUCUAUUGUAGAAAUUGCAUGGGCUUUCCUCAUGAGCCUUCGCAGUGCAACAGCUUGAGAGGCUCCAUUGUGUGGAAUUGAUAUAGCUGGUGGCCGCAUAACAUGCUAGCAUGAUGUUCUUGGUGCCAAGAGCAAACCUCCUCCUUAUGUGUAUGAGCAUGAGCAUUUUUGGAGUAGUUUUUUCCAGUUUUUAUAAGCUGCUUUGUGCCCUACCUGACUUGGGAGGAUCAUCGGUGGGUUAAUAAGGGAAAGCCCAGUCAUUGUUUUGACAAGCAUGCUUGUGCUAGUCAUGGCCAGACUUGGACAUCAAGUGUUUUCCUCUUCUCGCUUGGCAUUGUAUUCUUGAUUGGAUCAGUGGAAUGCUUUGCGGCCCUUGUUUGUGGCAUGGGUCUGCCGCCACUGAGGUCAUGCGGUACCAGCUGGCCUUCGGUGUAUGCCAGAGAGGUAGGGGCAGAUCAUGGAGUCUGAUCUCGUGUUGGUAUCACAUGAUGCAGCACCUAGUGCAAUGCCUCACUAGCAGUGGCCAUUUGUUGAGGUCACGGAGUAAGACAUUUAGGAGGUGAAACUCCUGUCAGCGCGAGCGAGCACCGGUGACCAGAUAAGGUCACAAUUGUUGUAUGCGCCAAUGGGGCCGUAUACAGUGGCGACGCCAUGCGGCGCGUCGUAGAAGCCGCAGCGGCAAAAAAAAAAAAUGCACACCCGGGCAGGCGGCUUUGGCGCGCUCUCAACGGUGGUAAUUUCUUUCCAGGCCGCCAGCACGAUAACGGCUCCGCAGGCUUGUGACCUUUUCUGGUCGCCGCGAACAGCGGAGUUUCCACUCCUAAAUGUUUCUUGCUCCGUGGUUGCUCGUGGUUGAGGUCGACACAUUGUUGCUCUGUAGACAUCUGGUCAACGCUCUGUCGAUACACUCAACAGCUACACAAUAUGAAAAUCACCAGUUGAGUGCUCUGUGGCUACACUGUUCUGCUGCUAGGCAGCACAAAGCUGUUGGUUCGAUGCCCAACUACAGUGGCCAUGUUUCAAUGGGUGCAGACCGCAGAAAAAAAGCUUAUGCGGUAGGUUUGUCACUCAAGAACACCUAGGUGGUCUAAAUUAAGGUGGUGUCUCUACCCCUAGUAUCUGUCAUAGCACAGCAGGGGUUGCCUUGGGACAUUAAACUUAAUCAAUUGAUCAGUCAGUCAGCAUGAAAAUAAAGCUGACAGGAAUUAUGUCCUACGUGCCAAUUUCUUUUGUCGUCUCGCUUCGGCUGGUUUGAUCAGGCUGCACAGAUAGAAGGUAAUGCCCCUAAAAGUAUUCAGCUGAAUACGUACUCCAUUGUGUCCGAUUAGUAAAGGUGAUGUUGUGCGGCAGGUGUUGGCACAUCUUCUAUUCUGCAGGAAUGUGCUGAAUUGGGCUGGUUGGUUCAUGACAAAGGGGGCAAAAACAGCGUGAAGCACAGAAUGAAAGCAGAGACCGACAACCAGUGCUUAUUCCAUUGUCAAUUGCAAUAUAUAGGAAUCCUUAAAUGCAGAAAGGUGCAAAUAUGUAUAUUUUACAGGCCACUGUCAUCUGCAGUUUAUCAUACAUUUGACAAGUAGCGCAUUUUGCUGCAGUGUAAGGAUUUAGAGGGCAUGCUUACACAUGAAUCACCAUGUAUUAGGAAGGCUUCACAUAUUUCACAAGCACGUCGCUCUGUGUAGCAUCCCAAGAGCAUACAUUAUUCAGAAUAAGGUGUGCAGGCACAGUUUCUGUAGUGAUCUGCCAGGUGACUUGCUACUGACCCACCAUGGUUGCUUAGCGGCUAUGGUGUCGUAGGAUCGAAUCCCGGCCACAGCGGCCGCAUUUCGAUGGGGGAAAAAUGCGACAACACCAGUGUACUUAGAGUUAGGUGCAUGUUAAAGAACCCUAGGUGGCCCAAAUUUCCGCAGUCCCCCACUACAGGGUGCCUCAUAAUCAGAUAGUGAUUUUGGCUUGAAAACCCCAUGAUUCAAUUUUUGAAUUUUAAGUUGCGACUGAGCCCCUGAGCAAGUAUGCGUGUUCUUGUAAAUGAUCAUUAAUACAUUGGCCAGUUUGUCCUAUGUAGCAGCGCCCACAUGAAAAACGGCACCUUAUACCGUAUACGACUUUACAUGUGCAGUUAAUAAAAGAUCGGGCAUGUUUCUUAUCACAUUCGUGCUUUUUGGAAUCUUCUUCGUUCAUUCUAUGGCAAAAAGUGGAAAAUUUAGUGCAUGCAAUGAAUACAACUUUCAUUUAAAUUUUCCUGCAAUAUUUUUUAACCUAUGGCAAAUGUUGUGCAUGUAUGGAAUCACAGCCGAACUAGAAUAUACAUUGUUUGAAUCAUUCUUGUUUUCACUGUCUUUUUGCCGUCUCACAGUGGCUAAUAACUGUUCCGCUAUGGAGGUUAACAACGGUGUCGGAUAGCCAGCAUGCUGCAGCCGCUGCACUUGAUGUAGGAAGCUACUUGACAAGACCGGUUUAGUGCUUCCUUGAGACGGAAUGGAGUGGUGCUUAGUUUAGCGAGUUUUGAAUGCGCAGACGGAUAAGGUAAAAAGCUUUUGCACGAGUUGUAUUCAUAAUGCCAGCGCAUGUGGUCUAACCUAAAGUUCAAUUCCAUGUCCAAGAAUGGCAUCUUAUUGUCAGAUCGUAUCGCAGGUGUCAGUACUAAAUGCUUAAUCUCAGAAUGAAAUAUGUCAAAAAUCUAAUCUACAGAUAACUGUUGGUCAGUUUGGUUAGUCCAGUGAAAAACUAGGAAACCAUCAACAAAGCGGAACACUUCGACUGCAUUUGUCUUUUGGAGGCUAGCCUUAAGGCACCUGUCAUAUCGCACUUCUAAAAGAUAGCUAAGUACUGGUGCUUGGCAUGAUGGAAUGCAAGCACUUUUGUGUUGGAAGUAAAAAGUAUCCCUAUGGCUGACGACAGUAGAGUCAAGUUAAAAACUAAGCAAUUCUAAACAUCUGUCUACAUGAAUGCUUCACAUGUGUUGGAAGUUUGUGCACCUGAGCUUGCUAUGUGCUUGCUAACUUCGUCACUUACAGACUCAUGGGGCAAAAAAUAAUAUAGGUCCUUAAUGCCUACUGAGAAGGCGCUCACUCGUUCAGGACAUUCAAUAUGGAGGUACUAAGUGACGGUUGCUGGGUCCUGAUUAAAUAUGGAUCAUCUACAUGCAGGACAGCAAGCAUCUUCUGUAAGCAGGAACCAACUAGGCAUUGCCAGGUGCCUCGUCCAGAGACAAUUGCUCCGAAAGGGUAGCCUUCUUUGUGGGUUUAUAAGAGAAUAUCAUGGGCAGGCUCAAACCUUCUGCUGCCUUGACAGGCUUGGCAACAGCAGUCAGCCCCGCUUCUUCGCACAGCUUGGCAGCUUUUGACUUUUGCUGGGCUGAAGUUGCCAGAAAUGGCUAGCUCAGCGUUGUUGUCAUAGACGUGUCUUGGGAUGAUCAUAAAGCCACUUUUUUUGUUUGCCUGGAGUAGCUUUAUGUCACCUUUUCAUAGUGCGGCGACAGCAGUAUUCACACGGUUAGGACUUCCCUUGACAUCUUGGGGCAAGCAUUCAACGCGUUCUUGUAGCAGUUGACCAACGUCUUUCGCUUGUCCGACAGCAUUUCUGACAAUGCUGAGCAAUUCAACCUUGUCAAGUCUUGGAUGUUCGCAGAAUUUUGGUCCUUUCCAUAACACUUUUUGAGCAUCAGCCGGGAUUGAGACUUUUUCAAGGGAUGGCAGCUUCUUGUCCAGCUUGCAGUUUUCUGGUGUCUUCAAGGAAGAAGUUGGUGCCAUCUCAGAAGAUUUAUGCGAAAGUUGUGGGUCCUUUUCAAAGAACUUCUCCCUACUACCUCUCGGCGCUUGUUUGAGAUUUGCAACAUGCAGUCAUUCUGUGUAGAAUCGCACUAGUGAUUCAUCUGCAAGUGUGCGCUCUCUAUCCUUGCAUUGCAGUGAAAUGCGCUACUUAUCAAAUGUAUGAUAAACUACAGACAACAGUGGAAUGUCAUAUAUACAUUUUCUAACCUUUCUGCACAUAGGGAUUCCUAUAUAUCUCAACCGAAACUGCAAUAAAGAGUGGUUGUCAGUCAGCGCUAUGUACAUCGUCUGCUUCCAUCCUGUCCUUUGUGAUGUUUCUAAAAAACCCCCUUCACCUAAACAUUCAUAUUGUUUGCAAAGUUUUAAACUUCUCAAAAAUAAAAAUCAUCCCGGAGACAAGAGAGAUAUCUUAAAUUACUUCUUGCAGCCACGUCCCUUUGGCUGUUUACCUUCAUAGUGUGUGCAUGCUGUCCAAAAAUGUGACACUUAAUUUUUGGUUGUCAAGUGUAUUGAGCAGAAGUUCAAUAAAGGAAUGGUGAAGGCAAGCUUUAGUGCCAUGUCACUGCAAAAUAAACGUUUCACAUUUGCAAAUUAAAAAAGCACACACUGUAGAUAGAACAAGGUAGACGCUGGAUUUACUCACUACCAAAGUUUACGAGCACGUUGGUUCGGUGGCUGUGAGCCUUUGCUUCCUAGUACUAGUAUCAGAAUUCGAUAAGAGUUGAGACAUGUUUGCUUGUGGUUCAUUGGAAGCUUUUUAUAAUCUUGUAAAAAUACUUAUUGCCUUGCGCAUGCCCUGCUCGUUAUACCGUUGUUACACAUUCAUUUUGAACAACCUUUGCUACAAACUACCGUUGAAGCCUGAGAGCUCCGUAGGCCUCGUUACACGAGCUUGCUUGGAGGAGUCGAUGGGAGUCGCUGAUUUUAAUGCUUGUCUCUAUCAAUGGUCAUUGCAUAUGCACGUAUGAGAAGAGUGUUAUGCACAGAACUUGGAAAUAUAAAUCUCCCUGGGUUGUUCGCAUGUGUUUUUCAUUUCAUAUUUGUAGUCCAAAGAACAUUGCCUUUUUGUGGGUCCAGGGGGAAAGAGAUGAGGUGGUCUAUUUUAUUAUCUUUGUAUUGUCUGUAAAACUGUAUGAAAAGUUUAAUAAAGAAAGCAUUGGUCAA